CGAGUGUUUCUCACGCCGAUAAGGGCAUGCAUGCCUGCCGUCGUGCCUGCCUUAUCCCUCGUCUCUUACCGUCGUCGAGCACGCCUCCGUGCGAUGGAAAAGAACACGUCAUCUCCAUUGCCUAGGAGGCUACGACAGACUUCACGUUCGAUUGGAAUCGUUAUUCUUGUCUUCUUCCUCGUCCCAAUUGCUAUCACCCGGUCAUUCUUCACCACACCCCAUUUACCUGCACAUGCUGCAGCGACAAUUGCGCGAUGCCAGCACCUGCAACAGCCUGCAGGACCGCCCGCAAACUUCUAUGAUAGGUCUGAGAACGACCGAUUCGUGCCGGGAACCAAGCCAACCCUCAUAAAGAACGCGAAGAUAUGGACGGGAUUGCACAACGGGACGCAGAUACUAGAGGCGGACAUUCUCAUUGACAAGGGCCUUAUUAUGGGCGUUGGAAGCUUUGGGUAUGACCAACUUGAGGCGUAUGGUAGUAGUCUUGAAGUGGUUAAUGCACACGGUGCUUGGGUCACUCCCGGCAUCGUGGACCUCCAUUCUCAUUUGGGUGAUUACCCAUCGCCUGAACUUGAGGGUGCUUCGGACGGCAACUCUGUCCAGGGCACCGCGCAACCAUGGCUUCGAAGCUUGGACGGUCUAAAUACUCACGACGAUUCAUACCCUCUAUCCAUUGCUGGUGGUGUUACAACAGCCCUAGUGUUACCUGGUUCAGCCAAUGCUAUCGGUGGCCAGGCAUUCGUAAUCAAACUCCGUCAUACUGAGGAGAGAUCUCCAUCCUCGAUGCUUCUUGAGCCGCCUUAUCAAAUCAAUAACUCUUUUCCUGACCCCAGUCUGCCGCCAAGAUGGCGCCAUAUGAAACACGCCUGCGGUGAAAACCCCAGUAGGGUUUACGGUGUAAACCGAAUGGACACAACUUGGGCAUUCCGAGAAGCGUACAAUACCGCUUUUCAAAUCAAACGAAAGCAGGACGCGUACUGUUCCAAGGCAAUGAGUGGGCAGUGGAAAGGCCUUGGGGACUAUCCGGAGGAUCUCCAGUGGGAAGCUUUGGUCGAUGUUCUUCGAGGGCAUGUCAAAGUCAAUAUUCAUUGCUACGAAACUGUUGACUUGAACGACUUGGUCCGCCUUUCCAAUGAAUUCCAGUUUCCUAUUGCUGCCUUUCACCACGCUCACGAAACAUACCUUGUCCCAGAUCUAUUGAAGAAAGCCUAUGGUCAAACGCCAGCUGUUGCUCUGUUUGCCACUAAUGGAAGGUAUAAGAGAGAGGCUUAUAGGCAGUCAGAAUUUGCGCCAAGAAUUCUCGCCAAUAACGGGUUGCAAGUAGUGAUGAAGAGUGACCAUUCUGUUUUGAACUCGCGAUUUUUGCUGUAUGAAGCCCAGCAGGCUCACUACUAUGGCUUGGCGGACAACUUGGCCAUAGCCUCUGUGACUAGCACUUCCGCCGAAAUUAUGGGAAUGGGUCACCGAAUUGGAUACGUCAGAAAAGGAUGGGAUGCCGAUCUCGUUAUUUGGGACAGUCAUCCAUUAUCUUUGGGAGCGACCCCGUCCCAGGUCUUCAUUGAUGGCAUCCCUCAGCUCGAAUCGGCGUAUGUCGCUCACAAGCCCCAGUCUUUCCAAGAAGUGCCCAAGGUGCCCAGUUUCGAUGAUGAGGCCAAACAAGCCCUCAAGUACGAUGGUCUGCCACCUCUAUCUCCAAGCAAAAGUGUGUCAGAUAUAACAGCAUUCACCAAUGUCAAGUCCGUCUUCUCUCGAUCUCCCGUCCAAACCAUCCAGCGCAUCUUUGACUUCCCAAAGAAAGAUGGUGUAGUCCUUGUGCGUAAAGGAACAGUAAUAUGCUCUGGAUCAUAUACAGAGUGUUUCGACGCCAGUAUUCUUAGUAGCGCAAAGCCGCAUCUAGUCGAUCUCGAAGGCGGAUCGAUUUCUCCUGGUCUAGUAUCUUUUGGCUCGCCUCUAGGUUUGGAACACAUCGACCAAGAACCUUCGACAAAUGACGGGAGCGUUUUCGAUCCGUUGAUCAAGACAGUACCAAAGAUAAUUGGAGAUACCCUCAUUCGCGCCGUGGACGGGCUACAGUAUACCACCCGAGAUGCACUUCUAGCUUACCGCUCGGGAGUGACGUCUGCCAUUGUGGCGCCCCGUGCCCAGAAGUUCUAUUCUGGGUUGGGUACAUUCUUCUCCACCGGAGCUGAACACAAACUUGAGACUGGUGCUGUUCUACAGGAGGUCACGGCUUUGCACGUCGCCGUGAGGCAUUUCGGUGCCCCCAGCAUUAGCACGCAGAUAGCUGCUCUUCGUCGGCUCUUACUUGGUCCAUAUGAAGGAGAUUCAGGUGAAUGGUUUGAGAAAGUGACAACGGGAGCCAUCCCACUUGUUGUUGAGGCCCAUAGCGCGGAUGUGAUUGCUACGCUUGUUCUGCUAAAGAAGGAAAUCAAUCGCACAAAGGGAACGGACAUACAAUUGACAAUAACUGGUGCGACUGAAGCUCAUCUGCUUGCCAAAGAACUCGGGGAAGCAGGUGUUGGUGUCGUGCUUAGUCCAUCUCGUCCUUUCCCUUACACCUGGGAGGACCGUAGAAUAUUGCCAGGACCCCCUCUAACCGAGCAUAGUGCUAUUUCCUUGCUCUUGUCGCACAAUGUCACUGUUGGCAUCGGUAUUGAAGAAAUUUGGAGUGCUCGUAAUACCCGAUUUGACGUUGCUUGGGCAUCUCUUGAAGCUGAUGGGAAAAUCACCAAAGAGGAAGCCCUUGCCUUGUCUUCAAUAAACCUGGAGAAAUUACUGGUAGGAAGCGUUGGUAAAGCCACCGAUCUCGUGGCGACGCGCGGGGGUGAUAUACUAGAGCUAGAGUCGAAAGUUGUUGCUGUGAUCUCUCCUCAGCGAGGAUUUGUCCAUAUUUUUUGAAUAUCCCUUAGACAAUUUACAUGCUAAGUUAUAUACUGAUCUAACAGGACAAUUUUUACAGUGUUACUUUCAAU